UUCGAAAGCAGUGGUCUGUCCACGAAGACGGAGCUUUGGCUUACCAGAUCCAAAAUCAAGAAAUAACACAGCAUUAUGGACUGAAUCGCUUCAACCGACGGACUGUCCGUGAAGACAUUCCUAUUGCUAAGAUUGUCCAGUCAGAAGAGGAGCUUCGUCAGCAGGAAGAGAGAAUGAGGGAACUUGAAGCACUUAAAGCUCA